AUGAACAUUCUGGAAUGCACUGCCACGUGUCAGAUUUGCGAGCGAGAGUACUCCCAAGAUGUGAACCUCAUCCCUCGGAUUCUGACUGGUAGGCCUCGCUUCUGUUUACUCACCUCUUUUCCCGUUAUUCCAGGUUGCGGACACACUCUCUGUCAGGAAUGUGCCACCAAAAUCGUCGGUUCCGAGACGCUGAUAUGCCCCUACGAUCGAUUGAAAACGCACGUCAAAGACGGUGACGUUGGCAAUCUCAAAAAGAAUUGGACUAUUUUGCAAAUGAUCGAGGAAGGCUCGUUCAAGAAAAGGCAGCGGAGAGCUGAGGUGACUUAAAAUGAAAAGCUCGUCAAAAUGAUUGUUCGUUUUUAGAAAAAAGGCAAGAAAGAGAGGAUGAACAACGGGCGGUGCGACGAGAACGACGCCCAUCAGGCGUCCAGUUUCUGCAAACAGUGCGACGCGGAUCUGUGCGACGACUGCUGGGAUUUCGUGCAUUCCAUGGCGAUUCUAGCUCAUCACGAAAGACAUUGCUGUUCAACAAGCCGAUCAGUGCGGAAGAAUGUCCGAUUCAUCCGGGAGAGCUCGCCGAGUUCGUGUGCAAAGUAAUAAAUGCGAAUCUGUGCAAGAGGCGUCAAUCCAGUUCCAGGUUGAAAUGUGCCAAAAAAUGCAGAGUCGGCUGAUGUGCCACGUGUGCUUCCGGGAAGGAACCUCCCAUCAAGGCCAUGGAUACGUGGCUCUUCAGACGGAAAACAUGGAAAUGCGCACGAAAAUGCUGAAUUCGCUGAAAGUGGCCGAAGAAAAAGAGGUCGCGAUUCACAAGAAUAUUGAGGGCAUCGAUAGGUGACUCACUUUUAAAGACACUCAGAGAAUCAGAAACCGUUUCAGUGUGAUCGCCACGUAUUCGCUCGACGGAACGGCUUUCCGUGACAAGUAUCUGCAGGUGAAAAUGUUCCGAUUCUUCGAAAAAGACAAAGACGAAUUGAUUGUUGAUGCGAUGAGAAAGGCGGUGGAUGCACGGAAAGAAACACUGAGAUUCAGAAUUUCCGACCAGAAAACGAAUCUCGAUUGGAUUCGGAAGAACAAGGGCGCCAUCGAGAGGCUGCAGACGAUGCCGAGUGCGAAGCUUGUAGAUCAGCGAUUCCAGGUGGAUCUGGCGAUUGCGAACAUCGAGAAUGCGCCAGUCAAACAUCCGAGUCUGCCAAAUCUAUUUCCCCUCCAAAUGACCAAUUCCUCUAAUUUCAGAAUGUCUGAUGGUAUGCUCGAUGUGCGAAGUGCACGUUCGCACUCUGAAUCCGUUGAUGGUCGAGAUGAAACCGGCCUACCGAUUGGAAAUUCGAGGUUUCGUCGGAAGUUAAAUCUGAAAAACAAUUCUCGUUACAGAAAGCUACCACAAUCAAGUGAAGGAGUUUCUGAAGGAACACUCGAGUGUGAUCUCUCCGAAAACGUGAGGAGUUCUGAAUAUAUUCCCAGCAAAAGAGGGAUUCAGAUGCAUGCAACGCUACAAAAACAAUUUCUUCCGUCUGAUCGAACGGGCCGAAGACACGAAGCUCUAUUCGGAGGGACUCAGCCUCAUUCUCGUUGUCGAUCCGUUCGACGGCGAUCAGGAUCGUCAGUUCGUCGCGUUGGAACUGCUUGAAAAUGUGGGCGUUUUUCCGCUUCGAAAUGAGCAUUUCAUAUACUUUCAGGCUCCCGCGUACGAAAAGAUCGUAGUCGGACUGAAUCCGUUCAAUUAUCAUGGACCCGUCACGACGUUCAUCAACAAAUUGAAGGAGGCGCAGAAGAAAGAUUCGCGAAUUCAGUAUUUGUACAUCAACAACGGGGACGAGGAUAUAGAGAAGAUUGUAGAUAUGGCUAUGAGCAGAUGA